AUACAGUGUUUGUUUAACUCCUCUUUGUUUUCCUUCUAUUUGGCAAUAAACAUCACGUGACCCGUUCUUACCUGUCAGUGAUCUAUUGAAGCACGUGUUUUUCAGUAUGACGUUGGGAAAGCAGAGUUGGAACUUCCUUAUACGCCCGUUCAACUACCAUUUUUUUUACACUUAAAUAACGUCUCCUCUUGUUGUCAAAAGUAUAGGAUAUACCUGACGGAUUUACAGUUUGAGAUUGCUGCUGUUUGUGAAUUAUAAUCAACAAUCAAAAUGACGACCACUUACAUGGGGCAGCUUUUCCUCAUGUCUCUCUACUUUACAGUGCUUGACACAAUCCCUGUUCCUGUCAACUUUACAAUAUUGUCUCACAACUUCAAGCACAUUUUACAGUGGAGUCCUGGAAUAAAUUCUCCUCCACAGACAGUUUUCAAUUUAAAUCAAAGCUGUGGUAACAGAAAACCUGAACAUCUGCAACUGAACAUUAGAAAUACGGCAGUAGAUGUCUCUGAAACAUUCAAAGACAUCUAUACAUCCUGCACAUUCUUUCUUUGGGCAUCGAUUGACAACAUGACAUCAUCAAUAGUUAAUAAAAGUAUUACACCUUAUGAAGACACUAUUAUAGGUCCACCCAUUAUAUUUAUGUCUGGCUGUGGAGAUUGUCUGAAUAUCAGCAUCUCUCUACCCAGUGAAUCAAUGAAGAUAGAUCAUCUGCAUCCGUUUUAUAAUUCUGUGUCCUUCGAUAUAAGUUGGAAGAAAUCUGGACAGAAAGAGGCCAACCAGAUCUCUAUAUCCGGUAAACAGUAUGUCUUGCAGAAUCUUCAGCCUGGUGAACAGUACUGUGUUAGAGUAUUUCCCCAAAUCAUUUCUAACCUCAACACUCACCCUUCUGCUUGGCAGUGUGGAUACACCAGUAAAGAAGAGCCAAGAGGAAGAACUACUGGGACAGUCACCUUUACAGUGUCAAACAGAAAAACUGUUUGACAAUAAUGCAAGAGGAUAAAAACAGAUAAUUCCAGUCAUCAUCCAAUUCAGCUCUCUUCCUGUACAAUUAGACAAAGGCAACGGGCAAGAAGCCAAAAUCAUGCUGUAGAUUUGUCUGGAACCGGAUUUGUCUUUUAAACAGGACUCUCACAGAAGUC